AUGGCCUCCACCGCCGCUCAGCGCGUCGAAGACCAGAUCCAUUUCAUCCAAGCCGUACUUCAAAACUACGAACCAGACCAUCCUGAUUACGGCCUGUACCGCCGCCAGCUCCAGCAACAUGAGCAGCAGCUAGCCAAAAUCCAACAAGAAGAGACAGUCGAUGCGCAACCGACACCCACACGAGCAUCCUCGUCGAGUGCAGAGUCUCUUGGUCCUUCGCGCAAGCGCAGCGCGGGACUGACUGCUGAUGGUUACGAGCCUGAACCAAAACGUGUCAGCGCCCGACCGAGCCCGCAGACAUCAAGUAGUCCCGAUUCGCUAUUCAACGCGCCCAAUCAGCAGCAGUGGUCACUUCCGAGCAGGCCUGGUGAGACUUUGGGCCACAGUGAUGCGACAGCCUUUAUCGACUUGACCGUUUCCGAUCCACCCAGCCCUGUCGAUCCAUUUCCAGAGCUUGUGCAUGCCUUUCAGGACGACGGCGCUCGCCCACUUCCAGCAGAUGCCUUCACCCAAGAAUUCAUGCCUGCUGAAGAGCUAGCACAAUUUCUCAUCACCCCAACACCGGCGAAUGGCGGCUAUGGCUUCCACCAACAGCAGCGCAACCGAGCUGCGAUGGCGGACAUGAGGCAACCGCAGUUGCCCGUCAAUUUCCUUACCCGUUCCAUUCCUUACUUACCUGGUCCACAGCGCCCAGACUGGAUGAGGGGCGACAGUGAAGACGAUGAAAUGUGUGGUGACUUCCCACUGAACGCUACUGAGGCCGACGCAAUCGAGAAGAUGCUCGAGAUCGUUCAGCAGAAUGGAAACGACGCAGCAUCGCCAGAUGACAGAGAGCAGACGCCAGAAGUCAUGAGUUCAACUUUGAAGGAGUACCAGAAGAUCGGUCUUACUUGGCUGCUCAAGAUGGAAGCUAGCAGGAACAAAGGCGGCAUAUUGGCGGAUGAGAUGGGGCUUGGUAAGACGGUUCAAGCACUUGCGCUCAUCUGUGCUCACCCUUCUCAAGACCCUCUCUGUAAGACGACCUUGAUCAUAGCACCGGUCGCUCUCAUGCGCCAGUGGGCGAAGGAGAUUGCCUACCAUGUCAAAGACCGCCACAAGCUCAGAGUCUACCUGUAUCACGGCAAUGGCAAGAAAGCAGAUUUCAAUCUACUGCGCCAAUAUGAUGUGGUCCUCACGACCUUCGGCACUCUCACUUCAGAGUUCAAACAGAAGGACUCGCGACGCGAGACGAUGCUCUACGAGCGGGAACUGAACGAACCAGGCUUCCGGCGCAAUCCUCGCGACAAGCUCGCGCUACUUGGUCCCGAAUGCAUGUGGUAUCGCAUCGUUAUCGAUGAGGCUCAUAUGAUCAAGAACCGCAACUCUCUUCAGUCCAAGGGCUCCGCUGAUCUGCAAGCGAAAUACCGUCUAUGUUUAACAGGUACACCGAUGAUGAAUUGUAUCGACGAGCUGUAUCCAAUGUUACGCUUCCUCGGAGUCAGUCGCUACAACGAUUGGAAGAUGUUUGCCCUCGAGAUUGCGAAGCCUGCCAAGCAUCAGAACCAAGACACCCGAGACCGAGCCAUGAAGCGUGUGCAGAUUCUGCUUAAGUCAGUAAUGCUGCGACGUCAGAAGACAUCAGAAGUGGACGGCAAGCCCAUACUGAACCUUCCAGAGAAGCACACCCAUCUUGGUAACGUCGAAUUUAGUGACGAUGAGGCUGGCAUUUACAAAGCUCUUGAAGCUAAGUCGCGGAUUCAGUUCAAUAAGUACCUCAAGCAAAACUCGGUCUCGGCAAACUACGCGUGUAUCCUGGUUCUUCUACUCCGACUACGCCAAGCCUGUUGUCACCCUCACUUGAUCAAGGAUCUAAGUCAGCCUGCCACAGAAGGCAUUGCAGAGGACGAUCUGCUCGAGCGUGCCCGUCAUCUGUCGGAUGAUGUUGUUGGCCGCUUGAAGGCUGUUGAAGCCUUUGAAUGCCCAAUCUGCUUUGAGGCGGACCCGAACCCAACUAUUAUCAUACCCUGCGGGCACACUGCGUGUGGCGGUUGCGUACAAAAGCUCAUCGAUCCGGCAAACCGUGUUCAAGACGGUAACGAAGAAGUCAGGACGGCGAGAUGCGCUGAGUGUCGUGGAGACCUGAAGGCCAAUCUCAUUACCGAUCUCAAACACUUCUAUAGAGUCUUCUGUCCGGAGCGACUCGAAUCCAAUGAGCGUAUUGAAAAGGUCGAUGAUGAGGACACCGACACCGACACCGAAGAAGAUGAUUUGGACGAGGAAGUUGGCGACGAUGUUGACGAUAACGGCAAUCUUGCUGGCUUUGUGGUCUCUGACCAAUAUGAGGGUGAUGAAGUUUGCAAAGCCAAGCAUGAAGAUGGCAGUGGAGUGCCUGAGCGAAGUGUCCAGGCCGCUUCCAAGAAUGUUAAGAAGUCCAAGGGCAAAGGUAAAGCUCGGGCGCAACCGAAGAAAACCUUGGCUCAAUUGAAGAAGGAAUCGCUCCGCAGUAAGGCCGCGAAGCAGAAAUACCUCCGUCGUCUUGACAGGACUUGGAUCCCCUCGGCUAAAACUAGUAAGGUGGUCGAGCUGUUGACUGAUAUCAAAAUGAAGGACUCGACUGAGAAGACUUUGAUCUUUUCCCAAUUCACUUCGCUACUGGACCUUGUGGAAGUCCCGCUAGUUCAACACAAGUUCCGCUAUCAGCGCUACGAUGGCAGCAUGACUAUGGAUGCCCGUGCCGACGCUGUAGAGGCAUUCAUGCAUGACCCAAACGAGACCAUCCUGUUGGUAUCUCUCAAAGCUGGUAACGCCGGAUUGAAUCUCUGGAAGGCUAGCCAAGUCAUCAUGCUCGAUCCUUUCUGGAACCCUUUCGUCGAAGAACAGGCUGUUGACCGCGCUCAUCGCAUGCCCCAAAACCGUGAGGUCCACGUUCAUCGUGUCCUCGUGCCUGAGUCAGUCGAGGACCGCAUUUGCGCACUUCAGGACAAGAAGCGCGAAAUCAUUGGUGCUGCUUUAGACGAAAAUGCUUCGAAAGGACUGGCACGCCUUAAUGUCCGCGAGCUCAAGUAUCUUUUCGGCAUGGGCUAA